AUGGGUUACAGCAAGCACAACGCGUCAAGGCGCUGGACGCCUGUGUGUGUGCUGGCUCUCUGUGCAUACUUGACGCGUGCAGCGCUGGCCAUUGUUCCUGGAAUGGGCCCAACGGACUAUGAGGCUGGCCAACGCAUCCCCGUCCAGGUGUCGUCUCUGCAGUCCGUCCAGGGGAUCUUGCCAGUGGACCCAUACGACCCGAGCCUCCCCUUCUGCAGACCAGACACCACAGAAAUAGAAGAAAACAACUUGGGGCAGAUGCUCAUGGCUGACCGCGUUCAAAAUUCGCCGUACGAGAUAGAGUUCCUGAAGAAUGCGUCGUGCAAGACAUUGUGCAAAGAUGUUCCUAUGACAGAUGAUGCAAAAUCCCAGCUGCGGCGACUUGUGCGGGAUAAAUAUAUGUUCCACAUGAUCAUCGACCAGUUGUACGCCCUGCAGCUCAUACACCGCACGAAUGGAACUAGCGGCUACAACAUUGGCGUGCCCGUUGGAUUCGAGCGUGAUGGCCGCAUUUACAUUUACAAUCAUUAUAGGAUCAUCGUUUACUACCAUGGGAACGCGGAGGGCGAGAAGUCAUCCCGAGGUCUGUUCAACUUGCCGUGGGACUCCCCGUCUCCUCAUUACAGGGUUGUUCGACUUGAAAUCGUUCCGAUGUCGAUUCAUCAUGGUUCCGACGUAUCAGGGAACCUCACAUGCGGCUUGCCGCCUGUGGAGCAGCCGCAGGAGAAAGCCGCUGGAGACGCGGAGUCAGUACACCUCCCGUCUUUGCCGGCUUUCACUUUCAGCGCUGAGGCCAUUGCGGCUGAAGAAGAGGAGAGCGCUUCGCAGCCUGACCCAGUGUACCUCAACUUCUCGUAUGACGUCGUAUUUCAGCCUAGCCCGAUAUUGUGGAGCGAGCGGUGGGAUAUUUACCUCGCAAAUGCUAGAGACCGCCCCCUCAUCCAUUGGUUCUCCAUCGUGAACUCUCUGGUCGUGCUUCUGCUGUUGUCGGCGCUCGUGGCGAUGAUCCUCCUCCGCGUCCUCUACCGAGACAUCAGCAGAUAUAACGACCUGCUUGCUGACGAAGAAGACGCAGAGGAAAAGGGCUGGAAACUCCUCCACGGCGACGUCUUUCGGAAACCAGCUCACUCGACUGUCCUCGCUGCCCUUACCGGCUCUGGCAUGCAGUUGGUCGGAAUGGCAUUCGUGACAGUCAUCUUUGCGGGCUUGGGUGUCUUCUCUCCCGCUUUCCGAGGAGGCUUGUUGCAGACGAUGUUGAUUCUUUGGACUGUCAUGGGAGCAGUCGCUGGAUACACAUCUGCAAGGAUGUAUAAGCUUUUCAAGUCCAUGAACUGGAAGAUGACGACGAUUCGCACCGCCCUUGUGUUUCCCGGGGUGGUAUUUUCGGUGUUUUUCCUCAUGAACGUCGUCCUUUGGUCGCAAAAAUCGUCAGCAGCUGUCAGCUUUACAGGCUUGCUAGCUCUUCUUGCCAUGUGGUUCGGAAUCAGCAUCCCCCUCGUCUUCAUGGGAGCCUACUUUGGAUUCAAGCAGCCAGCAAUCACCAUCCCCGUUCGAAUCAAUAAGAUCCCCCGUCAGGUUCCCCAGCAGCCCUGGUUCAUGCAUCCCGCACUGUGCUCGUUAGUUGGGGGAGCACUCCCGUUUGGGGCAAUGCUGACCGAGCUAUUCUUCCUCUUUUCUUGCAUCUGGCAACACCGCUUUUAUUACCUUUUUGGCUUCCUCUUUCUUGUGUUGAUCAUUCUGUGCGUAACAUGUGCCGAGAUAUCGAUAACAUUCGUGUAUUUCCAGCUCGUAUGCGAAGAUUACAAUUGGUGGUGGAGGUCGUUCUUCUGUAGCGCUACAAGUGGGGUAUACGUCAUGCUCUACGCCAUAUACUAUUUCCACUCGCGGUUGAGCCUCUCGCACACUACAGGGUCCCUAGUCUAUUUCGGGUAUUCCUUCAUCAUGGCCUACGCAUGCUUCAUCCUCACAGGGGCUGUCGGGUUCAUGGCCUCUUUUUUUUUCCUACGCAAGAUUUACUCGUCGAUUAAGGUGGAUUAA